CUUGAGGAUCUAGCUACAAGCUACUUUAUGAUGUUAUUUAGUCCAUCGAGUGCUUUCCACUACCUCCCAAAACACUGGGGUGACCUGGUUAAAGAGGGAAGCCCUCUUGAGCUUUCGAUGCAAGCUUUGUCUCUGGCCGCACUAUCAUUGGAUUGUAAACAACCAGGUAUGCGCAUAGCAGCACGUAGUUGCUACACCCAGGCGCUGUUGCUUACAAACAAUGCCCUAAGCAGCGUGAACAACACUACACUGGAUUAUACGCUGCUCUCUGUUCUUCUUCUUAGUGCUUUCGAAGGAGUCAUGUUCGGUGAACAAAGGUCAGCGACCAAUUGGACAGCACAUAUCCAGGGUACCACCACGCUUCUAACACUCAGGGGCAAAAAACAGCUGGACAGUCCCCUUGGAAUACAUCUUUUUUUACACGCCGCUACGAAUAUUCGAACUAGCUGUGCUCAGCGUUCGACACCUGUACCUCUCGCUUUGAUUCGCUUGCAAGAAUACGCUUCAACCGUGCUAAAUAAGUCUACUCUCAGCCAUCAAUUAGGACCGAUACUGGAUAGAUUUGUGGCUAUCAAGGCGCGCCUUUAUACUUUAACACGAGUAGAAUGCAUCGUCCAGUCUUUUGAUCUUGACAAUGAGUUGGCACACCUUAUGGAUCAGCUCUUCCUUACAUCGCCUUACAGUAUCGUUAAACAAGGUUCAGAACAAACCGACGACGCAUGGGGUUCUUAUAAUAAGCCGAGGCACCAAUAUUGCUCCUCUCUGGAUACACGGCGAUGGAACGUGCUUCGUAUGCUACGAUUUAUUGUGAGGAUAAUCGAUGACAUAAUAUCAUCGGUUCCAUCUUCUCUUGAGGUUUCUGGGGCGCCUUUAGCUCAUUCAGUGCGUUUUCUUAUCUGGCCACUUUUGUCAAUUGGCUCUUUAGAGUCUGCGCCAGCAUCCGUGAGAUUGGAUGCAAUUAGUAUAUUAGAAGUAUUAAGUAACAGAUACGAUGAGCCUCUAGCAGCCGAGGCUGCAAGUAUAUUAGAGACGGAGGGGUCAAUAGAAGAAUGG